AUGGCUUACCUUAUGGCAGUUGUACCUAGAAAACAGAGUAUAAGGCAAGAACAGUGUCAAGAUGAGCUUGUACUGGUCGAAGAUGCAGAGAUCGGAACAUUACGGAAUGGCUGCAUAUCUUCUUUGAAGAAGGGUCGCAAGCCUGUGUCAUCCUGUGCACAUUUAUAUUCAACGCUUAAGAUGUCGCAGAUUGCAGUAGCAGCAACCAAUAUGACACGCUAUCCAAUCGACAAAGGUUUGGCGAGAUGGAGCAGUAGUGACAAGCACCACUAG